CACGUCUAACAACAGUGUCGCCUCGCCGCUCUCUCUCUCUCUCUCGCACACACACACACUGUCCGGGGCCACUUGGAAAUUUCUCUCACCGCGCAGGAUAUUUCAGUGCUAAGCAGCGGGGCUGCAGGGCUGGCGGUAAAUGUGCAUCUUGUCGCUGGAAAUGCCCCAGCAGCGCAUCUGAAGCUGUGAAGAUCAGCAGAUAGCCCCCGGACUGCGUUUUGCUCAACAAAAAGGCGUAGCUGCUGUCCCUGCCUACACCGCCAGCCAAGAUGGUCGUGCUGUCGCUCAAAAUCUGCGUGCGCCAAUGCAACGUUGUGAAGACGAUGCAGUUCGAGCCCUCCACAGCUGUCUACGAUGCGUGCAGGAUUAUCCGAGAGAGGGUCCCCGAGGCUCAAACUGGACAGGCCUCGGAUUACGGCCUCUUCCUGUCCGAUGAAGACCCCAGGAAAGGGAUCUGGUUGGAGUCUGGAAGGACCCUGGACUAUUACAUGCUCCGUAACGGGGAUAUUCUUGAAUACAAGAAGAAGCAGAGGCCCCAGAAAAUCAAAAUGUUGGAUGGAGCCGUUAAAACAAUCAUGGUGGAUGACUCAAAAACUGUGGGCGAGCUGCUUGUGACUAUUUGCAGCAGAAUAGGAAUCACAAACUAUGAGGAGUACUCUCUGAUCCAGGAGACGGUGGAGGAAAAGAAAGAGGAUGGUAUGGGUACACUGAAGAAGGACAGGACACUGCUGCGGGAUGAGAGGAAGAUGGAGAAGCUGAAAGCCAAACUGCACACAGACGAUGAUUUGAACUGGCUGGACCACAGCAGAACAUUCAGAGAGCAGGGCGUGGACGAGAACGAGACCCUCCUGCUUAGACGCAAGUUCUUCUACUCGGACCAGAACGUGGACUCAAGAGACCCUGUCCAACUCAACCUGCUUUACGUACAGGCACGAGACGACAUCCUAAACGGUUCCCACCCAGUGUCAUUUGACAAAGCCUGUGAGUUCGGAGGCAUCCAGGCCCAGAUCCAGUUUGGACCUCACAUAGAGCAUAAACACAAGCCUGGAUUCUUGGAUCUGAAGGAGUUCUUGCCCAAAGAGUACAUAAAGCAGCGAGGAGCUGAGAAGAAAAUAUUUCAGGAACACAAAAACUGCGGAGAGAUGACAGAGAUCGAAGCCAAAGUGAAGUAUGUCAAACUGGCGCGGUCUUUGCGGACGUACGGUGUCUCCUUCUUCCUCGUCAAGGAAAAGAUGAAGAGCAAGAACAAGCUUGUGCCUCGGCUCCUGGGUAUCACGAAGGAAUCGGUGAUGAGAGUGGAUGAGAAGACCAAAGAUGUGGUUCAGGAGUGGCCGCUCACCACCGUGAAGAGGUGGGCCGCGUCCCCCAAGAGCUUUACGCUGGACUUCGGGGAGUACCAGGAGAGCUACUACUCGGUGCAGACCACCGAAGGGGAACAGAUCUCUCAGCUCAUCGCCGGCUAUAUUGAUAUCAUCCUCAAAAAGAAGCAAAGCAAGGACCGUUUUGGGUUAGAAGGUGAUGAGGAGUCAACAAUGCUGGAGGAAUCGGUUUCUCCUAAAAAGCCGCCGCCUCCAACAAGAACACAGCAGCUCACCAGCAGCUGGUGCAGAGCUGUAAGGCUGUUGCAGACCACAUCCCGCAGCUCGUCCAAGGAGUACGAGGCAGCCAGGCCAAACCGGAGGACCUGAGUGCACAGCUGGCCCUUAUCAUUGCCAGCCAGAACUUCCUGCAGCCCGGUAGUAAGAUGGUGACCUCGGCCAAGUCGUCUGUUCCCACCGUGACCGAUCAGGCCGCAGCCAUGCAACUGGGUCAGUGUGCCAAAAACCUGGCCACCUGCCUGGCUGAGCUGAGGACGUCUGCGCAGAAGGCUCAUGAAGCUUGUGGCCCCAUGGAGAUCGACUCUGCGCUCACUGCCAUCCAGACGCUGAGAAGCGAGCUGCAAGAUGCGAAGCUGGCUGCAGCCAACGCUCAGCUCAAACCUCUGCCUGGAGAGUCGUUGGAAAGGUGUGCUCAGGAUCUGGGCAGCACCUCAAAGGCGGUGGGAUCCUCCAUGGCUCAGCUGCUUACAUGUGCAGCUCAAGGAAAUGAGCAUUACACUGGAGUGGCUGCCAGAGAGACAGCCCAGGCCUUGAGGACCCUCGGCCAGGCAGCUCGCGGCGUUGCUGCGUCCACCACGGACCCCAAGGCUGCGGCGGCCAUGCUGGACUCGGCCCGGGAUGUCAUGGAGGGCUCGGCGCUUCUGAUCCACGAGGCCAAGCAGGCGUUGAUUUCCGACGGAGACGCUGAGAGCCAGCAGAGGCUGGCUCAGGUGGCCAAAGCCGUCUCUCAUUCCCUGAAUAACUGCGUCAACUGUUUGCCCGGCCAGAAGGACGUCGACAUGGCUCUGAAAAGCAUCGGCGAGGCCAGCAAGAAACUUCUGAUUGAAACAAUCCCUCCGUCCUCCAAGUCGUUUCAAGAGGCCCAGAACGAUCUGACUCAGACCGCAGCGGACCUGAACCAGUCGGCGGGGGAGGUGGUCCACGCCUCCAGAAGCUCCAGCAACCAGCUGGCCUCAGCCUCCGGGAAGUUCAGUCAGGACUUUGAUGAGUUUCUGGAUGCUGGCAUAGAAAUGGCCGGACACACGCAGAAAAAGGAUGACCAGGUGCAAGUGAUUGGUAACCUGAAAAACAUCUCCAUGGCGUCCAGCAAACUGCUGUUGGCUGCGAAAAGUCUGUCUGUGGACCCAGCAGCUGCAAACGCCAAAAAUCUGCUUGCUGCUGCUGCAAGGGCUGUGACUGAUAGCAUCAACCAGCUGAUCACGCUGUGCACGCAGCAGGCGCCCGGCCAGAAGGAGUGUGACAACGCCCUUAGAGAGCUGGAGGCUGUCAGAGGGAUGCUGGACAACCCCAGUGAACCGAUCAGUGACCUCUCUUACUUUGACUGCAUUGAGAGCGUGAUGGAGAACUCCAAGGUCCUGGGAGAGUCCAUGGCUGGCAUUUCUCAGAACUGCAAGACCGGGGACGUGCCUGCGUUUGGAGACUGUGUCGGCUCAGCCUCCAAAGCCCUGUGCGGCCUCACUGAAGCUGCAGCGCAGGCCUCCUACUUGGUGGGUGUGUCGGAUCCCAACAGUCAGGCAGGCCACCAGGGACUGGUGGACCCCAUCCAGUUUGCUAGAGCCAACCAGGCUAUCCAGAUGGCCUGUCAGAACCUAGUGGACCCACAAAGCAGCCCCUCCCAGGUGUUGUCUGCAGCCACAAUCGUUGCAAAGCACACUUCUGCAUUGUGCAACGCCUGCCGUCUGGCCUCCUCCAAGACUACCAACCCAGUUGCUAAAAGGCACUUUGUGCAAUCUGCCAAGGAGGUGGCUAAUACCACUGCCAACCUAGUCAAAACUAUCAAGGCUCUAGAUGGGGAUUUCUCGGAAGAGAACAGAAACAGGUGUCGAGUUGCCACAGCUCCGCUCAUCGAAGCAGUGGAGAACCUGACGACGUUCGCCUCCAACCCAGAGUUUGCCAGCGUGCCGGCUAAAAUCAGCAACGAGGGCUCGACGGCUCAGGAACCCAUCCUCCAGUCGGCGCGCUCCAUGCUCGACAGCUCCACCCACCUGCUCAAAACGGCACGGUCGCUGGUCAUCAACCCCAAGGACCCGCCCACUUGGUCCGUUCUGGCGGGUCACUCUCGCACCGUCUCUGACUCCAUCAAGAGUCUGAUCACAGCCAUCCGGGACAAGGCCCCCGGCCAGCGGGAGUGCGACUCGUCAAUCGAUAAUAUUAACAAAUGUAUCCGAGACAUUGAGCAGGCCUCUCUGGCGGCCGUCAGCCAGAACUUACCCAGCAGGGACGACAUCUCGCUGGAGGCGCUACAGGAGCAGCUGACGUCCUCUGUGCAGGAAAUUGGCUACCUAAUUGACCCCGUUUCCACAGCUGCCAGAGGCGAAGCUUCCCAACUAGGACACAAGGUGACCCAGCUGGCGGGUUACUUUGAACCUCUCAUCAAGGCGUCUGUGGGCGUCGCCUCCAAGCUCAGUGACCACCAGCAGCAGAUGACUUUCCUGGACCAAACUAAGACCCUGGCUGAGUCUGCUCUGCAGAUGCUCUACGCUGCCAAGGAGGGUGGAGGAAAUCCCAAGGCUUCCCAUACGCAUGACGCCAUAGCGGAGGCAGCUCAGCUCAUGAAGGAGGCGGUGGAUGAUAUGAUGGUGACGCUGAACGAAGCUGCCAGCGAGGUGGGGAUGGUGGGAGGAAUGGUGGAGUCUAUCGCCGAGGCCAUGGCCAAGCUGGAUGAGGGGACGCCUGCUGAGCCUGAAGGUUCCUUUGUUGAUUACCAGACGAAUAUGGUAAAACAUUCAAAGGCCAUUGCAGUCACGGCUCAGGAAAUGAUGACCAAAUCGGUGACCAGUCCAGAUGAGCUGGGGGCGCUCGCCUCUCAAGUGACCGUGGAUUACAGCCAGCUGGCUGUUCAGGGGCGGCUGGCUGCGCACACCGCUGAGCCAGAAGAGAUCGGCUUCCAGAUCAAGAGCCGCGUGCAGGAGCUCGGUCACGGCUGUAUCUACCUGGUCCAGAAGGCUGGAGCUUUACAGAUCAGCCCUUCGGACAGCUUCACCAAGCGAGAGCUCAUUGACUGCGCCCGUGCUGUCACAGAGAAGGUGUCCUUGGUGCUAUCAGCCCUCCAGGCUGGCAAUAAGGGCACCCAAGCCUGCAUCACAGCUGCCAGCGCGGUGUCGGGCAUAAUCGCAGAUCUGGACACCACCAUCAUGUUUGCAUCAGCCGGCACACUCAAUGCAGAGAAUGACGAGUCCUUCGCAGACCACAGGGAAAAUAUUCUGAAGACUGCCAAAGCCCUGGUUGAGGACACCAAGAUGCUCGUGUCCGGAGCCGCUUCCGGUCAGGACCGGUUGGCCCACGCCGCCCAGUCUUCUGCCAAAACCAUCACCCAGCUCACCGAUGUGGUCAAACUGGGAGCGGCCAGCAUCGGCUCUGACGACCCCGAAACCCAGGUGGUCCUGAUAAACGCAGUUAAAGAUGUGGCCAAGGCGCUAGCAGAGCUCAUUAGUGCCACCAAGUGUGCAGCAGGGAAGGCAGCAGAUGAUCCUUCCAUGUAUCAGCUGAAGAGCGCCGCCAAGGUGAUGGUGACCAACGUGACUUCCCUGCUGAAGACUGUCAAGGCUGUGGAGGACGAGGCUACCCGCGGCACCAGGGCGCUUGAGGCUACCAUCGAGUGCAUCAAACAGGAAAUGUCGUUGUUUCAGUCCAGGGACACUCCAAACAAGACCACCACGCCAGAGGAGUUCAUACGCAUGACUAAGGGCAUCACCUUAGCCACCGCCAAAGCUGUGGCGGCAGGAAACUCGGCACGCCAGGAGGACAUCAUCCAUACGGCCAACCUGAGCCGCAAAGCCAUCUCUGACAUGCUGACGACCUGCAAGCAAGCGGCAUACCAUCCAGAGGUCAGCAAGGAGGUCAAGAGCAGAGCACUGAUGUUCGGAGCGGAAUGCACAACUGGAUACAUCGAUCUGCUGGAACAGGUGCUGUUGGUCAUGCAGAAGCCCACAGCAGAGCAGAAGCAGCACCUGGCAGCUUGCUCCAAACGUGUGGCUGGCGCCGUCACGGAGCUCAUCCAGACCGCCGAGGCCAUGAAAGAUGGAGGUUCGGAGUGGGUGGACCCUGAGGAUCCAACAGUGAUCGCAGAGACGGAGCUGCUCGGAGCCGCGGCGUCCAUUGAGGCAGCAGCGAAGAAGCUGGAGCAGCUCAAACCCAGAGCAAAGCCAAAGCAAGCAGACGAGACGCUGAACUUUGAGGAGCAGAUCCUGGAGGCGGCCAAGUCCAUCGCCGCAGCCACCAGCGCUUUGGUCAAAUCUGCCUCAGCCGCUCAGAGGGAGCUGGUGGCCCAGGGAAAAGUGGGCUCCAUCCCUGCCAACGCCGUGGACGACGGACAGUGGUCCCAGGGGCUCAUCUCUGCUGCGCGUAUGGUAGCCGCAGCGACAAGCAACCUGUGCGAAGCGGCCAACGCCUCAGUGCAAGGCCACGCGAGCGAGGAGAAGCUCAUCUCCUCAGCCAAGCAGGUGGCGGCCUCCACCGCCCAGCUGCUGGUGGCCUGCAAGGUGAAGGCGGACCAGGACUCCGAGGCCAUGAGAAGACUGCAGAUUGCAGGGAAUGCAGUAAAAAAGGCGUCGGAUAAUUUGGUGCGGGCGGCUCAGAAAGCAGCGUUUGACAAAGCGGAUGAGGACAAUGUGGUUGUUAAGACGAAGUUUGUGGGUGGAAUAGCGCAGAUCAUUGCAGCCCAGGAGGAGAUGUUGCGGAAGGAAAGGGAGCUGGAGGAAGCCAGGAAGAAGCUGGCGCAGAUCAGGCAGCAGCAGUACAAGUUCCUGCCAAGCGAGCUGCGAGAGGACAGCAACUAAUACCGGCCGUGUGACGUUACAUCGGUGUGAGGAGCUCGCUUCCGUUAGGUGUGACGCACCUGGACAGGUGUAUGACCCACAGUGACUUCUGUGACCGGUUCUUGGACAAAAAAACCCCAGUAAAGCUUAAGCGAAAUCUUCAUUGCAUGAAAAGAUCUUAAAUUCAACUACGAGUGAGUUUAAUAUGCUACUGCGUGGAGCCGAUUAACUCCUACAGACAACAUAAAGAUUGUGGUGAGCGGACUGUUGGUAAUAACUACUUAACCCAGAAUGUGACUAUCCUCGGACAAACAGCACAGCUCAUAUAUGCUUUUGUUUGUUUUCCAUUUUUCGGUUUGCAGCUCCAUUGUAAAAGCUUUCAAAUGAACAACAGAUUGUACUGCUGUCUUUAUCCCUUAGCCAUAUAAACGCAACACGAAUCAGAAAGCAAAAAAAUAAAAAAAAAAAAUCCCCAGAACCUUUGAGCUCAGUACUCUGACUGCGUGAAUGUUGGCCUUUAUGCUCCAGUUUGCACCUUGACGUCUGUGUGAAUCAUGUCAGCCGCUGUGGCAUGUCUUCGCUUUAAUCCGGUGGUCAUCCAUAAUAUGAAGAAAGACGAUUCACUUGUUUCAGUUUUUUUUUUCCUAGUCUCUGUAGGAAAAACUUACGAAGAUGCAGCACAUUUUCCUCGUUUCUCAAAGACACUACAGUUCAUCACGUGCAACCGCUGUGUUACCAUGUGAAUGUUUUUUUUUGUUGUAUUUUUUUUUUUUACACAGGAAAAAGUGUUAACACAGAGAUUAUUUAUUACAGCAGGAUAUUUUUAACUGGGAGGGCUCUUUUUUUUUUUUUUUUUUUCCUCAGCGUCAGACGUGGUCUCAGUUUAUAGCAACCAACAGCAGAGGAUUGUGUGGCUUCCAGGCAGGCUGUCUGAUAUUCUCCCAAACCAUAAAACAUGUUCUUUUUAAUUGCUCGUCCUUUCAAGCAAUGAGAUGCAAAGUAUGAACAAUGCAAUAACAUAACAGGUGCUUUAGGGGGCAGCAUUGGUUACCUUCACGCCAUGCAGAAAUAAAAUACAAUCCAGGGAAAUGUGUUUGUUUUUUUUAAAUGAAUAAUUAUUUGCUGGUACAGAUUGGAUGAUCUUUGUAACCUGGCAGUUGCACAAUUAAAGUUAAGGGUAUAUUUCUUAAAAAAAAAAAAAGCCACUUGUUAAAAACCUAAAAGUUGAUUUAAUUAGGAUAAUAUAUUUGUCUCUUCUACGGUUACUUGAUGACAAUUUUUAAAGCAAUAUCCUCACUGCCUGGAAUUUAUUUUAGUCAAAUUAAGCAACAAAACACUUUGCAAUAAUUUAGAUCUCUCAAGCGUUUGGCUGCUAAGUUUAAAAGUGAAGCAAGUGCAAAGAUAAUCACUUAGAUCUGUCUCGCUUUUCCUCGCUGCUCUGCAAAACUCUAAUAAACAAGCAGAACAAGCUUUUGUUUACAGCGUUUGAUUGUGAUGCGUCAUCUAACUGUUCCUUCGUCUUAUUCUAGAGACCGUGUUUCAGUUUGAAGUUACACUACACUGUAAGUUUAGGUACUGCUGUGAGGAUGCAACGGUUCAGGUGCAACUUCUUUUUUUUUUUUUAAGUUAAGAGACUUCUCAGUUGAUUUCUGGGAGUGCAAUCCAUGUGUGAACAUUUUGAAAGAGAUGGGGGAGCAUUCACCGCUUAUAAGUACAGUCUGUAGUGUUAUUAUUAGUGCCUUAGUCGUUUACCCAUACAGCAUCUGCUGCUGCAGUGACAGCGUCACGUAGAAGACAAGUUAUUGCUCCGAAACGUAGGUUCAUAUCUGUGGUAUUUUUUAACGCACUGUUCCUUUAAGUGCUAAAACAACUGCACCUCGAUCUCUCCUCUCUGCCACAUGUGAAGCCUUUUCUGGGGGCUGACAAAGGGACCGUCUGCCAGUCAGAAAACGAAAUGUGUUGAAGUGUGAAAUGUACUAUAUAACAUAUAUGAACACAUUUUUGUACUGAAUUUUACGGGCAUAUAUAACCACAGUGCUUCUGAACAAAAACACCCACCAGAGACUGUAGAGUUUCAACCAACUGCUUUGUGUGUAGUGAAGUCCCUGACAUUUUACGGAUGAAUUUUGUUUUCUUGUGCUUCUAAGACCCAUUGAAAGAUAAAUGUGAUAGGAAUAUUUCAGUAUAUCUGUCACUGUUUUUAUUGCCGUGUGGAGUAAAUAAAAGUGUUCCCCUGACCCUAAAGGAAACUAAAUUACAAGGUUGCUACACUAAAGAUGAAUGACAACAUAGGAUACUGAAGAUAUUUAUCUGGCCUCGAUAAAACCUAUUUUUUUGUAUUAACUGAAAAUAAAGCAUUUCCAUGUACUU